AUGGAGCCUUUCUCCGGCGAGCCUCAUCCCCCGUCCUUCUUGACGCCCGAUGACAUCGAUGACUACGUCCACGAUGUUGACAGACGCAUCGACCCCGACAGCCUCCUCCCAACGCUGGCGCCCGCCGCUCGCACGAACGCCCCCCUUCCGGAGACCAACCCCCACGCCCUCUCCCAAAGCAUCGCCAUGAAGAACCCUACAAGCGUUUACAACUGGCUGCGCAAGCACGCGCCCAAGACUUUCCUGCAAGAUGCUGAAAACGCUGCUCCAGCCGCCGACGACGAGGCCGUGGAGACCCCCCAGACCGAUGGCCGUAAGCGACGCGGCGGCGGACACAGGGGCGAAUCAACCCGCGGCGGCCGAUCUCGAGGCGGAAAGCGCGCUUCUUUGGCAGCUGUACGGGCCGAAAAGGCCGCGCAGAGAGCCGCGGAGAAGGCCGCCGCUGCCGCCGAACGGGCUGCAGCUCUGCGACGGGACGCCGAUAGCUACGACCACAGCAUGGAGGACGAGGCGGACUCAGACGGCCCUAGCUUCGCAACGCCGGCCACGGGUCGUGGCAAGAGAAAGCGCGCCGGCAGGGAUGAAGACGAGGGAUACCGGCCUAGGGGCUCGAGCAGCCGACCGACCAAGAAGAAGCGUAAGAGCGAGGGCGCUGACAUCGGGACCCCUACGGUUACUAAGAGGGGCCGCAAGAGUGAGGCUGCGCGCGAGAGAGACGAUUAA